ACACCCACAAGAAAUCUGUGUUGGAUGGUCCAUAUAGUGACGGAGAAAGCGGUUCAAGGCCUAAUAGAGAUCGGAGGCGACGGUGCUGGCGGUUGUCCUCGUCUCAGCUUCGCGUGUUUUUGUCUCUGCUCUUUCAUCUUUCUCUGAAUCUCCGUGUCCAACCUUCCAUAGCAUUAAAAAAAGAACAAUUAUCACGAUCAGAUUCAUGCAAGUAGCUGAUUAAUCAAUCAUCAGUUCUUAUUCUUGUGGUGAUUCCAUUUUUGCCCCCUUUCGUGGCCAGAAACCAUGGCUUUGGGAUCGGUGUCUCGACGGUUGGGGACUAAACUCUUCCCUGCGUUAUCUUCCACUCCAAGGCUACUACAUUCUCACGCCACCAGUUUUGGGUUUAAACGUGUAAACGAAGAAGAUAAGGCUCGCAUGGUUGGUGAUGUCUUCACGAACGUUGCUUCGAGCUACGAUUUAAUGAAUGACCUAAUGAGUGCUGGAUUGCACAGAUUGUGGAAGGAUAGGUUAGUUUCCAAGCUGAAUCCGUUUCCUGGAAUGAAGCAUCUUGACGUGGCUGGUGGCACAGGGGAUGUUGCUUUUAGAAUCUUGGAGAGCAUAAACAAAGUUAAGCUGAGAGGACUUCAAGGUGUUUUUCAAGAUACUUUAGAGGCAGAAACUCGGAUUUAUGUAUGUGAUAUUAACCCUCAGAUGUUAAAUGUUGGCAGACAGCGUGCCUUGGAGAAGGGUUUUGGAGAAGAUGGUUCCCUUGUAUGGGUGGAGGGAAAUGCUGAAAGCUUGAGUUUCCAAAAUGAUUCAAUGGAUGGUUAUACUAUUGCAUUUGGGAUAAGAAAUGUCACACACAUAGAGAAAGUACUCAAUGAAGCUCAUAGGGUAUUGAAACCAGGAGGAAGGUUCCUUUGCCUUGAACUUAGCCACGUUGGUAUUCCUAUAUUUAAAGAUUUGUAUGAUUAUUAUUCUUUCUCAGUUAUUCCAUACAUGGGCGAGCUGGUUGCUGGUGAUCGAGAAUCCUAUCAGUACUUAGUUGAGAGUAUCAGGCGUUUCCCCUCACAGGAAAAAUUUGCAUCAAUGAUAGCCAAUGCUGGGUUCCAGAAAGUAGAGUAUGAGAAUCUAGUCGGGGGAGUGGUUGCUGUCCAUUCAGGGCUAAAAAUCUGAUAUCCUUAGGAACUUUGCUCUCUAUUAUAGCCAAUAAUUCAUGAAUUGAGAUUGAAGAUCGAACGUGAUGUUAUUCAUUAGAAGUCGUAGAGAAGAUUUGUACUGUUAGAAUGUGUACUGUAAUUUCUGUUGGGGGAGGUUCGACACACACAUAGAACUCCACACAUGAUUAGAUAUUGUCCGCUUUGGGCCAAGCCCUCACGGAUUUGUGAUACCACUGUUGGGGGAGGUUCGACACACACAUAGAACUCCACACAUGAUAAGAUAUUGUCCGCUUUGGGCCAAGCCCUCACGGAUUUGCUUUUGGUACCACUCCAAAAGGCCUCUUAUCAUUGGAGAUAUCUAUGUGUAUAUAAACCCUUGACCAGUCCUUAUUUCACUCAAUGUGGGACUUUGUUUGCACUUCAACAAUUUCCACCGGAUGGCGCUUUCAAUUCUUUUGGUGUAAUAAUAUUUAAUUAAUUUUCCAAAAUAAUAAAUUGUUUCAUUGAAUUCAUC